UCCCUCUCUCUCUUUCUUUCUCUCUCUCUCACUCGAACCAAUUAUCUCCUCCUCUGAGAGGCUGCACUGCACGCGUUGGGGAAAUAUAAACAGCUCCACUUUACCUUUGGAAACUCCAGUUGUGUGUGUGUGUGUGUGAGAGGGACCAGCAUUCGAUUAGCCUGUAAGAAAAAAAAAACUGAAAUAGAAAGGAAGAAAGAAAGAAAAAGAGAAGCAAGCGCCAUGAGUAACUAUAUGGAUGGACUGAUUGACGUGAAUGACGAUGGGUCGUUCAUGUUCACCUCGGAGUCGGUGGGAGAGGGGCACCCAGACAAAAUCUGUGACCAGAUCAGUGAUGCUGUCCUGGAUGCUCACCUGAAGCAGGACCCGGAUGCCAAGGUGGCCUGUGAGACCGUGUGCAAGACGGGAAUGGUGCUGCUGUGUGGGGAGAUCACGUCCCGUGCCAAUGUGGACUACCAGAAGGUGGUGCGAGAUGCCAUCAAGCAGAUCGGCUACGACAACUCCGAUAAAGGUUUCGACUACAAGACCUGCAACGUGUUGGUGGCUCUGGAACAGCAGUCUCCCGAUAUUGCUCAGGGUGUGCACAUCGACCGCCAUGAAGAGGACAUCGGAGCUGGAGACCAGGGCUUGAUGUUUGGCUACGCUACAGACGAGACUGAGGAGUGCAUGCCCCUCACCAUUGUGCUGGCCCACAAGCUUAAUGCCAAGAUGGCCGAGCUCAGACGCAAUGGCACCAUCCCCUGGCUGCGGCCCGACUCCAAGACCCAGGUGACAGUGCACUACAAGCAGGAGAAGGGCGCCGUCAUCCCUCUGCGCGUCCACACGGUAGUGAUCUCGGUGCAGCACGACGACCACAUCUCCCUGGAGGACCAGAAGAAGAUCCUGAAGGAGAAGGUCAUCAAGGCCGUGGUGCCCGCCAAGUACCUGGACGACAAGACCAUCUACCACCUGCAGCCCAGCGGGAGGUUCGUCAUCGGAGGACCACAGGGUGAUGCCGGCGUGACUGGGAGGAAGAUCAUUGUGGACACGUACGGAGGAUGGGGUGCCCACGGCGGCGGUGCUUUCUCUGGGAAGGACUUCAGCAAGGUGGAUCGCUCAGCAGCCUACGCAGCCAGAUGGGUGGCCAAGUCUCUGGUGAAGGCCAAGCUUUGCAAACGUGUCCUGGUGCAGGUGUCCUACGCGAUUGGAGUAGCCCAUCCUCUCUCCAUCUCCGUCUUCACCUACGGCUCCUCACAGAAGAGCGAGCAGGAGCUCCUCCACAUCGUCAACAAGAACUUCGACCUUCGACCAGGAGUCAUCGUCCGGGACCUGAACCUGAAGAGGCCGAUCUAUCAGAAUACCGCUUGCUACGGCCAUUUUGGCAGGAGCGAGUUCUCUUGGGAGGUUGCUAAGCCUCUGAAGUUCUAAACGGCCAUGUCUUCUGGUAACCCACAGUGUGACCUCAUCACACAGGAGAAAGGACAAUAUAUAUAUAUAUUUUAAAGGACGUGGUCUGCCUUUGGCCUCCCUGGACUCUUCUCUACUAUGACAUGCAACAGCAGGAGAGUGAAGAAACACUGUGAUUUUAUGUUUAUGUCUUAUCAAAAUCAUCAUAGCAUCAACGGUUGUCAACGACAUUUUACUGUAUACAAAAACGGUUAAGGUCUGUUUUUGAUCUGAAUUUCUAUUGCAUUUAGAAGUUAAACAAUCUUUUUUUUCAAUAGACAGCCUUACAAGAUAGCCAAGAAGACUAUUUGGUCCACAACCUUUUAUAUUUCAAGAAAUGCCAUGUCUGUGAACGAUGUACCUACUGGCAAUCCCGCAAAGAAACACGACUAAAACCUUUUGGCCACAUCUUAUGAGAAUUGGAUCUACCAACGUUUUAAAAAAAAAAAGGUAUCACAGAUGACCUUAAUCCAGAUCAGAAAAGCAAAACACGUAUUGUUCCAGGGGAUGAAGAGCUAGCCGGAGCAAUUCAUGGACAUCUUCUUCUAUUUUAGUUCUGGCUGUAAUAAGGACGUGAUACUCUCAUCUAGAGAGGUUUAGGCGGUUGUAGUAACCUAAAUCUUCCACACUCAGAUGAUAUGAGGCUUUUAUGGGUGAGGGAGGGCGCGUAAGGGGGAGUACAUAGGUGUGCAGGACGGUGCAGUUGUGUUGUGAGGAGACAUAGCAAGGGUCUUCUGGGGCCUGAGGAGAUUAAGGAUGGGAUAGGCCCACAGGCAACUAUUUACCUUUGCGUUCAGUUCAUGGCGACCUCUUCAUGGCAAAGGGUGGUUAAACCUUUAACCCACUGCUGAUAGUAGCGGACCUUGCUGACGCUAUAAAACACCAGGUCAAGGACUCAGCGAGGCAAUUCAGGUCACUCAUGCAUAGGGAUCAGAUUAGAUGUGCGUGUUGUUUUGUUUUGUUUGAUUUAGUUGUUCAAUUUCCCAAAAGGGCCUGACUAUAACUGUGAAAACAUGCAAUUCAUCUCACACGCACAAAAAAGAACAGACGCACAAGAUAUGUUUGCAGAUUUUUUUUGUUUUUGUUUUCAUGAUUCAUCAUCAGUACUCAUCACUGUAGCGAGUAAUCACAAUCAUGUGCCGGUAGGCCCGCCUGUUACAACUCUCGCAAUGACCAAUCACAGCCCAGCUCUGUUAUUCCUAUUCCGCAAAGCUAUUGUAAAUAAUUUGCUGCAGCCUAUGCUAUCUACUCACACUGCUUCAGAUUGCAAUAUAUUAGCUGCGUUUGGUUUUGAUGGCUGAGUGACGGGAAUGUCCCUCAUUGUAUUAGCCGGGGUUAUGAGAGAGCAUGUCGUUUGAUGAUGUUGGGCAUGAUUUUCUGAAGGAUUUUCUGCAUGGAUUCUGUCUUGUUUUUAUGAAAUAUAUAUUUUCAUUUUUACCAUUAUAAAUCUAUGUAAACCAUGUGCCAAAGAGAAUAUAAUCUCUCUUUGGAAAAUCAAAACAAAACAAACAUAUAUUGUGUUUAAUAAUUUUCAUGGUCUUAAGUCAUCGUAACCAUUUUUUAUUUUAUUUUAUGAAAGCUUGGCUGCUGUUGAUCCAUGACAAACCAAAACUGUGCAAAAUUGCCUGUUUACAUGUAUAGACUAUUCUGGCUAUGAGGAGAAAUUGAAUAUAUUGAAUUGCAAUAUACUCCGAAAAAAUAUAUAUUUUAUACAUAUUGAUGACUAAAACAUUUCCUGGUUGGGGACCAUUUAUCAUAGUGUGGUCCAGAACCCUGUUUCCAUCUCAAACAGGUAAUUCCAUAGUCAGCUAGACAUUGCAAUGGUUUUUCUUUUUUUUGUUUCAGACAUGUUAAAGUUUUAUCCUUUACUUGAGCUGUUUCGACGGUGUAACUUCUGUCUUGAUUCAACGGGUAGAUACUGUAUAGUGAACACAAUACAACUGUGACACUUAAGCUCCAUCAAUGCUCUACUACACCUACCCCAUGGCACGCCGCCAGUGUACGAAUGAGGAGGAGUAGGAAUGCUAAUUUAACUCCUUUGAUUUCAUGAUGAAGUCCGGAACAAGACUUGAGAUGAGCUGUUUGAAGAGUUUUGUUGUUGUUAUUGCUGUGGGGCCAAUAUUCUCUCUUUGACCCACACCCCCUGCUGUACCCAAUCUGUCAAUCUGUUUCAGAAUGCACUCGCAGUCUUAACAAUUCACACACAGUAGCCUUACUAUGUAAAUAAUUUGAAACAAUUAAACUUUUACAAAACAGUG